UCUGCGUGUGUCACUGCCUGCUGGUGGAGCCUCUACAGUGCUUGUACUAUCUCACUGUCUCCACGACGGCUCGCCACAUCCUUAGCUCACAUAACGUCUUAAUGCGAUGAACCGGGAAUGUAUUGAUUAUGGCUGACCUACGGAUGUCACUAGCUGUCGUGGUUGUUCAUACUGUCCUGUAUACAACCUGCCAGGCUCUGUGGUGUAACUGCACCACUCCUCGGUGUCAGAAGACUGGCUUCCAGUGUGAGACCGAUGGGGCCUGCAGGGCUUCCACCUUCUUCAGCAAUGGAAAACAGCAGCACAGCCGCGACUGUAUCACACAGGAAAAUCUCGUGCCCCCUGGAAAACCAAUCUACUGCCUUAGUGUAGAAGGCUUUGUAUACACCCAGUGCUGCUACAGUGACUACUGUAACAGCAUUGACCUGAGAGUACCUCCUGAAAUCGGGGGAGGCUACGGCCCUGGUGGGACGUGGAGGCUAGCGGAACUAGUUGCUGUGAUCGCAGGGCCGUUGUUCCUGCUGUGUCUGCUGCUGUUGGUGGGCAUGUUCAUGUAUCAUUAUCACCGGAGGGGCUACAACCACAGGCAAAGGCUGGAGGUGGAGGAUCCAUCCUGUGACCACCUCUACCUGGCCAAAGACAGAUCUCUGGAGGACCUCUUUUGCAAUCUGUCCACAUCUGGUUCAGGCUCUGGUCUCCCCCUCUUUGUCCAGCGGACUGUAGCCAGAACAAUUGUCCUGCAGGAGAUCAUUGGUAAGGGGCGCUUCGGGGAAGUGUGGCGAGGACGUUGGAGGGGCGGCGACGUGGCAGUGAAGAUAUUCUCAUCCAGAGAAGAGCGUUCUUGGUUCCGUGAGGCUGAAAUCUACCAGACAAUCAUGCUCCGCCAUGAAAAUAUCCUGGGAUUUAUAGCUGCUGAUAACAAAGACAAUGGGACAUGGACUCAGCUGUGGUUGGUAUCAGAUUACCAUGAGUACGGCUCUCUGUUUGACUACCUGAACCGUUAUUCUGUCACCACCGAGGAAACGAUCAAACUGGCACUGUCAGCUGCAAAUGGCCUCGCACAUCUGCAUAUGGAGAUUCUUGGAACGCAAGGAAAACCAGGCAUUGCCCACAGAGACCUGAAGUCCAAGAAUAUCCUGGUGAAGAAGAACUGCACCUGUGCCAUUGCUGACCUGGGCUUGGCUGUCCGUCAUGACUCUGCCACAGAUACGAUCGACAUUGCCCCCAAUCAGAGAGUGGGAACCAACAGGUACAUGGCCCCAGAGGUUCUCGACGAGACCAUCAACAUGAGACACUUUGAAUCAUUCAAAUGUGCUGAUAUCUACGCUUUAGGCCUGGUCUACUGGGAAAUUGCACGCCGCUGUAGCAGUGGAGGUAUCCAUCAAGAAUACCAGCUGCCCUACUAUGACCUGGUACCAUCUGACCCAUCCAUAGAAGAGAUGAGAAAGGUGGUGUGUGACCAAAAGCUUCGACCCAAUAUUCCAAAUUGGUGGCAGAAUUACGAGGCCUUACGGGUCAUGGGUAAAAUCAUGAGGGAGUGUUGGUAUGCCAACGGAGCUGCACGCUUGACGGCCCUGCGCAUUAAAAAGACGCUGUCCCAGCUCAGCAUUCAGGAGGACAUUAAAAUCUGAGCGAAGCGAGACAGCAGAGCACUGAGAAGGACCCGGCCCCUCCAGACUGAGAGGAAGAGGCCGGGCCUUCUAAAGAGAUGGCACAAUGAAGAGUGGCACUUUGUAAAAAUUUUACUGCACAGAUUCUUCUGCCAGGUUUGAAACCACUUGAUUUCCGACAAACCCUACCUCGCUUUACCCAGCCAAAAUAAACAGGAACAUCUUCCCUGUCUCAUCCUCAGCUCCCGCUGCCAAACCUCACCCUCUUUGUUCACACUGCACUAACACAGUUUCCUGGAUUUCUUCUGCUUGCAGUCAUUAACGUCAUGUGCGCUUAACCAAGUUACUUUCUAAAAAUAUCAGCUGCUGAUGUUUCAUUGUUUCAAAGUGUAAUUAUUAGUUAGCAAACAGCAUUCACUUUUAUUGUCUUUGUAAAGGAGCAUUUCUGUUAGAAAUGCUUGAAUACUGUACGGGAUCUUGUGAAGCAUCUGUGUAGGUUAAUUUCAGCCAUGUCUGCAGCACUCAAAGGAUCAACUAUGCUUAUAGAUCACUUCACUUAUUGAUUCCCUUGUUGACUCCUGAUUAUCGUUCCAUAUGGGAGAAAGGUGGCUUGCAGAGUUUUCAGCUGUGUAGGGCACUCCUUAGUUAGUCAUGAGUUUGAAAUGAUUGUUAAGAGGAACAGAUAAGCUUGGAGAAACAUUUACAUUUCCUGAUUCCCACCUCUGUGCACACAGGCAUUAUUACAGGCUACUUAGAAAUCCUUUAGAGCAAAUUAUUCAUCUGAUUUUAGUCUGUUCAUAUUUAGGAAAACACAUAAACCAUCUUCACUACCACUGACUAGUUACUGGUCCUCGCUUGAUCUUCACUCACUUCAGACCACUAACAAAAUACCACAAGAAGCAUGUAGAUCCAUAUGUUGUAUGUUUGUAUUAUAGUCUCCUAUUAUGUAUGCAUAACCUCAGAUAAGCUUAUAUACACAACAUCCAGAUAUUACACUGCCACUUCAAAGCAGUCCAGAAUCAGAAUUAUACUUUUGUGUUUAGGUUAAUAUUUUAUAUUCUCACAGCAUGUCAAAGGUUUUUUCCCCUCAGGGCACUUUCUUCCUGAAUAAGUAUAAUUACUGUACUGCACAUAAACGAGCCUUUUAAGGUGAUACUUUGGUUUAUGUUUUUAGAUUACUUUUUUAAUGGACAGAAUUUUUUUUUUUUGUAACGAUAAAUAUUUACCCAAAUACUUUGUGACCUGUGAGGUAACAUUACUGUAGUUGUCAGACGACCUGCUUAUGGUACUUUACUACUGCCAAGCAGUAUAAGUUAAAUUCAUAUUUCUCUCUAUGGCUUCUUUUCCCCCCUCCAUGCAGUACCUCCUUAAUGUGCAUAUUUUGCUUUAUGUGUAUCAUUUCCUUCACUUUAACAUUAUCAGAAAUCACGUGCAUUUUUUUAUGUAUUCAGGAAAAAUGUGCACUUUUUGUCUUGAGCUGCAGAUACUUUUUGCAUGCAUACUUGUGAAGCCUGAAAGGCCACUUGUGCACUACUACUGACCUCGCUGCGUUAAAACCAACCUCUUCUCAGAAUCAUCUCCAACCAUGGCCUCCAGUGUUUAUUUAAGAUCACGCUACUGAAAAUGAGAAUGUUUACACAAAUCAUACCAGUCAGUUGCAGUACGUCUCUGACUGGAAAUUGUAAAUAUAAUCUCACUUUUCUUUAAUCUCUGGGGGAGGACGUGUUAAAACUAAAUACUGCUGAAAUGCCUUUGUGUUAGCUCACAUUUUUUCUCUGACUUGUGGUUUUUGUUUUUUUUUUAAAACUGGGAAUGUGAAUCAUAUUUUUGCUUUUUUUUUUUUUUUUUUGCCUUACAGUUUAAAAGUGCAUAUUGUGUUCAGGGUUUUUAAUACUUUGAUCUCUGUAUCCUUUUGGAGGAACACUGGAGUGUAACAAAAAAGUAAAACAAAACUGGUAUUAUAUUGCAGAUUGUAAAAGUCCCAGCUUUCCAUCCAUGUAAUAGAAAUAAAUCUAAAUUUUUUUAAAAAGUCCUUUGGGACAAUAAUCAUGUAACAUCCAAUACAAAUGUAAUAAAUACAAUUGUUUUCCUA